AAAGGCGAAGUGACCAGUAAGCCUAACAACACCACUCCACUCUACACUUGAUUGGGCUGAUCAAGUCCUACUUCUGCAGUGAGAACCAACAGCCGUAACACGGAGGUGCUAUUGCACGUCAGCUGACACCACCGUCACCCCAAAAAUAAUUUAUAAACGCCAGCAAUUAAGGUCAUCUAUAAUCAACACAACGUUAGCCAUAAACGUCCGCAAUUAACGUUAUCAUUAAACAACAGUAAUUAACGUCAUUUUAAAAGCUAUAUACAUCAAUAAUUAUAUUCAGCCAUAAUUGUUGACAAUUAACUUCAGACAUAAACGUAACUGCUCCACACGUCACCCAUCAAACGUUAACAACACGUGCCACUACAGCGAUUACCUUCAACACCACAAGUCGUCACCACCGUCACCAUGAGAUCCGACAUCCUCUUCACCAUUGUCAUCGUCUCCAUCUUCUUCUUUAAUAUUUCCGAGGCAGCACCAAGUUGUGAUGGUCACGGCACCAGGACGGAACCCACCGAUUGCGAUUAUGGUUCCUUCCAAGACUGGUGUGGCAACAAUGUCUGUGCUAAGGGCCCCGGACAGAGGUGUGGAGGAGAAUGGUGGGAGAACGAUGACUGUGGUCAUGGAAUGUACUGUGCCAACUGUGGUAACUGUGCCGGCUGCUCCGUUGGAAUCCAGUGUUGGUUCUGCGACAGUGGUUCUUAACCUGGGGGUCUUUCAAUGUUUUAGGUGGGGGGGUACAAAAUAUUGAACAUAUUUCUGACUUAAAAUAUUGGGUAAAAUAUUGGCCUGUUUACCUGAACCUUAAUCAGCAAGCAUUGCGAGCGAUUGAUCCUUUUUCUUCUAAGUACCUUUGUGAGACAGGCUUGUCAAUGCUUGUUACUGCAAAAACAAAGUAUCGGAACAGUCUGAAUGUCGAAAAUAACAUGGAGUGUGCUCCUUCCUCUACCCACCACGAUUCCAAAUACCCUUCUAUUAAUUCCAGAUGAAAUAUAAUUGAAGUUCUAGAAAUAUUAUAUUUGUAUUAAGUUUGUUUAUUUGGAUCUAUAAAGACAAUGAAGGCCA